GUGAGCGAGCUCUUCUCGCUGCACCGUACCAAGGGUGCACACCUUCCUUGUGAACAGAGGGAGAGAUAAAGUUAGCUGGCUAACUAACGGGCCAACAUCAUCGGUAGCUAAAUGAAAAUACAUAUCUCCGAAUUUAGAAAGGGACAACCAACGGAGUACAACAACAUUCACGACGAUCUUUUAUCCUUAACUGAACUGAAUCUGUUUUAUGGACGUUGCUGCAUCGGCCAGCUUGCUGUCUACUAACAGGGUGCUCUGGUGAGGCGAGUAUGAACACUCCUCUGUGGAACUUGGUCAUUUUUAGCAUCCCCCGCACAAGUGGAGCCUCUAGUGAAGAGUUUGUCAGACUCAACCUCUGAGCAGCUGAGCUGCCACAGCACACAAAGUGAGAGUGAGAGAAGGAGAGAGAAAGCAAGAGAGAGAGAGAGAGAGGGAGUGCAGCUCAGAUAAAUUGGUUGGAAAUCCUGAAUCCUGGCUGGAUCCUUGACGACCCAUCUCUCCCCCCUCCCCAGCUCCCCUCCUCCCCUCCUUGCUUCCCUCCCCUCCUCUGAUCCCUCGGCUCUGGGCUCCUCUUUCCACAAUGCUGAGGAGAGGAAGACAGUAGCUCGCUGGCAGGAAUGAACUCUUCUCGCCUGCCUGCCUGAGAGCUGUGCCGAAAAAAAAGAGAGAGAGACCGGGAAAGAGAGAGAGGGAACAGACAAGCUCUCAAGAUGUCUUGGAGAAAGAAAAACCUGUGCUUGGCUUGAAGCGCCCCCCUCUGUAUGCCAGCGCUGGAAUGACUGUGUAGACUCCUGUUCCAUCUCACCACAAACGCAUCCCACUCUGGACUUGUGCGUGUUUCUCUGACUGGAGUGCCGUGCCGGCUUGAGGAGGAGGACUGGGCACCAUGCCAGCCAAAGGGAAGUACCUGUUGAACGACCAGGAGCUGAAGCAGGAGGCCCUGUACCGUAAGUUCUCCUGCAUCAGUCAGUACCAGCUGCUGGUGCUGCUGCUGGGCCUCACCAUGCUGUCCUGUGCCGUGCUCAUCAUCCUCUUCUUCUCCCUGAAAUUGAAAGCGGAGGAUCACGGCGCGUUUGUGGGCGUGGUGAGCUGUGGACUGUGUGUGUUCUUCACCGUGUUUGUGCUGGUGUGCACCGAGUCCCUGUUCCAGCGCUGGAUGAGGCUGCUGGGUGUGGUCGUGUGGGCCACGCUCAUUACCAUGGGCUUCACCUUCAUCUUCAGCGGGGAGGUCAUCCGGGCCUGGGACCAGGUUCCAUUUUUCCUCUUCAUCAUCUUCACAGUGUACACCAUGCUGCCCUUCCAAAUGCGCUACGCUGUCCUUCUGAGUGUCAUCUCCUCGUUGUCUCACAUCAUUGCCCUCACCGUUCGCCUCACUGUCUUCUCUGACUCUAAUGAUUUACGGCCCAGUCAUGCUCCUUCGCUGGCCAAUCAGUUGCUGUCCAAUGCGGUGGUGUUCCUGUGUGGCAGUGUGGUGGGGGCCUUCCAUAAGGUGCUUAUGGAGAGAGCACUGAGACAGACCUUCCAGGACACGCUCAGCUGUUUGGGGAUCCGCAUGAAGCUGGAGAUUGAGAAAAGACAGCAGGAGAACCUUCUGCAGUCUGUGCUGCCUGUCUACAUCUCCAUGAAGAUGAAGCUGGCCAUAAUGGAGCGGCUGCAGGAUUGCAAAGACAAGGAGGAGCAGCAGCGCCUGGUCAAAGACAACAAUUUCCACAGCCUCUACGUCAAGAGACACGAGAAUGUCAGUAUCCUAUAUGCUGACAUUGUGGGCUUCACCCGGCUGGCCAGUGACUGCUCACCCAAAGAGCUGGUCAUAAUGCUCAAUGAGCUCUUUGGGAAAUUUGACCAGAUUGCCAAGGAGAACGAGUGCAUGAGAAUAAAGAUUUUGGGAGACUGCUAUUACUGUGUGUCAGGUUUGCCCGUCUCCCUACCCAAUCAUGCCAAGAACUGCGUGAAGAUGGGUCUGGACAUGUGUGAGGCCAUCAAGCAAGUGCGUGAGGCCACAGGUGUGGAUAUCAACAUGAGAGUGGGCGUGCAUUCAGGCAAUGUGCUGUGCGGCGUGAUUGGCCUCCGCAAGUGGCAGUUUGACGUGUGGUCACAUGACGUCACCUUGGCUAAUCACAUGGAAUCUGGGGGUUUACCCGGGCGUGUCCACAUCACAGAGGCCACUCUCAAGCACCUCAACAAAGCCUAUGAGGUGGAGGAGGGCAACGGGCACCUGAGGGAUCCCUACCUGAAGGAGCAGAACAUCCACACUUUCCUGGUCAUUGACCCUCGUUCCAAGGACCAGGCGCUGAACAACCGCAAUCUGCCCAAGCCACGAGUGACCGACGGACUAAAAAUGCGGGCCUCUGUGCGGAUGACCCGAUACCUGGAGUCCUGGGGGGCUGUCAAACCCUUCGCCCAUCUGCAGAGCCGGGAGGGGUACACCACCGACACCAUGGUCAAUGGCAAGUCCCGCUGCAAGGACAUACCCCUGCGAUCUGUACCCUGUUCUAAGAUAACUGAGAGCCUUGAUGAGUCUCUUGAGGAGCCAUUCUCCUUCCCCACCCCUCCGUUCACCAACUAUAAGAAUAAGUCCCAGAAAAGCAAAUUCGAUGAGGAAGUCCACAAUGAGAUGACCACAACCAUUGAUGAGCUCAGCUCCAGCAAGCAGUGGUUUAAAUCAGAGGAGAUUAGCAGCCUGACUCUGUGGUUCACUAAGAAGGAGCUGGAGAAGCAGUACCGAGCAAUCGAUCUUCCCAGCUUCAAGUACUACAUUGGUUGCGCCACCUUUAUUUUCCUUUGCAUCUUUGUGGUCCAGAUGUUUGUAACAAAAGAGCCGAAGAAGCUGGGCGUGUCAUUUGGGGUGUUGGCCUGUGUCCUCCUCUUGACCCUGAGUGUAUGUUUUGCAGGUCACUUGCAGCGCUGGUUCCCGGAGAAGCUGGCAUCAUGUCAGUGGCUGCCCGCUGUGUCAGAGGCGGUGGGGAAGAAGCCAUGCGUGCGCCUCCCUCUGGCCAUCAUAUCCACUGCGGUCAUCAUCAUCAUCGCCGUCUUCAAUUUGUGCUUUGUUCCUAACCCCAUCCCUUGUGAGAUGAACAGCAACUCCAGUGUCCUGGACCCCAGUGACAUGGAGCUGAAUGAUGCUGGACUCUUCUACCUACCUUACUCAGUGUACUGUUGUAUCCUGGCUCUGAUUGCCUGUGGAGUAUUCCUGAGGGUCAGUUUUGAGCUCAAAGUAGCCUUCCUCACUUUGGCCUCCAUCGCUUAUUACAUCAUCAUCCUCAGCUCCAAGGAUCAGCUGUUCGAGUGCUACGGAAGCAUCCUCUACAAUAUCAGUGAUGAUCAGAUCCUGCAGCGGUCAGGGCUCAUGAAGCAUCCCCAGGUGAUGAGCUGUGUGUACAUCACCCUGUUCCUGGUCACCAUGCUCAUUAUCAUACAGCAGAAUGAGUACUGCUGCCGCCUGGACUUCCUGCUGAAGAACAAGAACCGCACAGAGCAGGACGAGAUCGAGACACGGGAGAACCUGAACCGGCUGCUGCUGGAGAACGUGCUGCCGGCCCACGUGGCCACGCUCUUUGUCGGGGAGAAUAAAAAGAACGAGGACCUGUACUACAAGUCAUAUGACUGUGUAUGUGUGAUGUUCGCCUCUGUCCCAGACUUCAAAGAGUUCUACACCGAGUGUGACAUCAACAAGGAGGGCCUUGAGUGCCUGAGGCUGCUCAACGAGAUCAUUGCCGACUUUGAUGAGCUGCUCUCCAAGCCCAAAUUCAGUGGGGUGGAGAAGAUCAAAACCAUUGGCAGCACGUACAUGGCUGCUGCAGGACUCAGUGGGACCCCAGGCCAGGAGAACAACCAGGAUCGAGAGAGGCAGCAGGCGCAGAUUGGGAACAUGGUGGAGUUUGCGAUCGCACUGAUUGGCAAGCUGGAUGGCAUCAACAGACACUCCUUCAACAGCUUCAGGCUGCGUGUGGGAAUUAACCACGGGCCAGUGAUUGCUGGGGUGAUAGGAGCCAGAAAACCACAGUAUGACAUCUGGGGCAACACAGUCAAUGUGGCCAGCAGGAUGGAGAGCACUGGAGAGUUGGGCAAGAUCCAGGUGACGGAGGAGACGUCCAACGUGCUGCAGAAGCUGGGUUACUCCUGCGAAUGCAGGGGCCUGAUCAAUGUGAAGGGCAAGGGCGAGCUGAGGACCUUUUUCGUCUGCACAGACAUGAGCAAGUCACAGGGCAUGGGUCUGAGCUGAGACUAAAGAUCCACACACACCCACACCUGCACCCUCACCACACACACACACACACACAUGCGCACACAUUACACA